UUCACCGGUCAAGAUAAAACUUAUCCAGUUACGCGAUGGAUUCAAGACGUGGAAGAAAAUGGAGAAAUAUGUGGUUGGACACCGUUACAACAGCUGCUGAUGGCACGGAGGUCCCUAUCAGGCACCGCACAGCUAUGGAUGGAAGCUGAACGCCCUCACAAAUCAUGGGAAGAACUUAAAGCGGCCCUGAGUAAAGAAUUCCCUGACACAGUCGACGUGAAAGCAAUCCACGAGCUUAUGAGCCAGCGGAAGAAAAGACGUGACGAGAGUUGUAUCGACUAUAUGAUGGUCAUGAAGGCGUUAGGGAAAAGAGGAAAGAUUCCCGAUUACGUGGCCAUUAAAUACAUCGUUGAUGGCAUAGUGGACCAUGAAACCAAUAAAAUCGUGCUUUACGGUGUUACGUCGUAUCCUGAACUUAAAGAGAAGUUUAAAAUCUACGAGACGAUUAAGGAAAAGAUGAAACUGGAACAUUCUAGAAGUACCUACAGAAACGAAAAACGCGGCAACGUACGGCAUGAGAAAACGUCGAAAAGAUGUUAUAACUGUGGUGAAGGCGAUCAUGUGUCGGAAGAUUGUCCGCAGAAGGCACAAGGUCCAAAGUGCUUUAACUGCAACGAAUAUGGCCAUAUUUCAUCGAAAUGUCCGCAUAAAAAUAACAAGGAGGUAGGCGGCCGCAAGGAAGAUUCGAGUUCAUCAAAAUGGUGGCGUAGUUCCGGCACUUCCGGGGAUAGAAAAGGACACAACAACGAAGCAUCGACAAGUGGGAGCGGGAGCGGUGAACGAGUGAGCAAACAAGCAAUGUUCGGUCAAUCAUCGUUCAACGCGGAUGAUACGUCACACUUACAUAAUGACAUUGACAAGAUGACAGAUGACAGGAGUAGCAAAUGUCAAAGUCAAACCGAGUAUGACAUCUACGACGUAAACAAACAAUCACAACGGGAAAAACCUUUGAAGAUCGUAGAAUUAUGUGGAAAAACGACAAGUGCGCUUAUUGAUUCGGGCAGUGACGUGAACUUGGUAUCUUCUGAGUUUUGUGCUAAUAUCAGUAAAGUGAUGAACAAUAACAUAACACUAUCUGGACUGGGUUCCGCUAAAGUGGAGCCAUUAGGUUGUUUAACAACAAAUGUUGUGAUCGACGGUACGAAAUACGACGAUGUGUUAUUCUACGUGGUACCUAAAGACUGUAUGCCUUUUAAUGUAAUCAUAGGUCACGAAUUUCUUAAGAAUGUUGUAAUGGUUAUGAAUGGUAGUGCUGUGUGGAUGAAACCUGUGGAAUGGGUGAACGAAAUCAAUUGUUUCAGUUGCAGUGUUGAGGUUGGUCAUGUGAGUAAUACUGAUCUUAAAGAAGAGGUUGUUCAGAUGGUUGAGAGCUAUCAACCAUGCCAAAUCAAAGAAGCUCCUAUCCAGCUGAAAAUAAUUGUGAAAGAUGACGUCCCGGUGGUACAACGUCCACGACGCAUAUCACUAAAGGAACAGGUGGUAGUUGAAGAACAAGUUGCGGAGUGGCUGGAGCAAGGAAUUGUACGCCCAAAGACGAACAGGAAGCUGUGGAUAGAUUAAGAGAAGUUUUAAGAGUGGCAUCUGAAUAUGGCUUACAAAUAAACUGGAAGAAAGCACAGCUGAUAUGUCGAAGCAUAACUUAUUUAGGUCAUACAUGGACAAGUAAGGCCUGCCAGCGAAAAGAUCGAUGCCGUAACGAAGUUUCCGGAACCCAAAACAACUAAGCAAUUACAAAGUUUUAUCGGAUUGGCAUCGUACUUCAGGAAGUAUAUUCAGAAUGUUGCAUCUAAAGCACGACCACUUACAGAUUUACUUAAGAAGGAUGUUGAUUUCAAGUUUAAUGAUGAGCAACGUUGUGCAUUCAAUUGUUUGA